AUGGAUAUCAUAUUAGGUAUAAAAGUAUCAGACGCAACACUAAUUGCUACCUCAAAAGCUGCCACUAGAGGUAUAUCAAUUUUAAAGGACAACGACGAUAAAACGAGACAUCUCAAUGCCCACAACUUGGUCGCAUUCACAGGAGAGGCGGGGGAUACUAUACAAUUCGCCGAGUAUGUUCAAGCAAAUAUCCAGUUAUAUUCGAUGCGUGAGGACGACGUGGAAUUGUCUCCCAGAGCCACUGCCUCCUACGUUAGAAACCAAUUAGCUACAUCGAUAAGAUCACGUAAACCGUACCAAGUCAAUUGCUUAAUUGCUGGAUAUGACACCAAAACAGAUAAGCCAUCGUUGAACUACAUAGAUUACUUGGGCACCCAGGUGGAAUUGCCUUAUGGGGCUCACGGAUAUGCUGCUUUUUAUGCAUUGUCGUUGUUGGAUAAACACUAUAGAAAGGAUAUGAAUGUCGAUGAUGGAUUGAAGUUGAUGGACAUGUGCAUAAAGGAGUUGCAGACAAGAAUGCCCAUUGAUUUCAAGGGCGUGUACGUAAAAGUGGUGGAUGAGAAUGGUAUAAGGAAAAUAGAAUAA